GGCGGCCGUUCCCUGAGGAGAGGGGCUGACGGGGCCUAAUGGCGGCGGCCGCCGCGACGACGGCCCAGGACCGGCGGUUCUGCGUGGCCGAGGAGCGGAGCGGACACUGCGCCGUGGUGGACGGAAAUUUCCUCUACGUCUGGGGGGGCUACGUGUCCAUUGAAGAUAAUGAAGUGUAUUUGCCAAAUGAUGAAAUUUGGAUUUAUGAAAUUGACAGUGGAUUAUGGACAAUGCAGCUAAUGGAAGGAGAUUUGCCUACCUCCAUGUCAGGAAGUUGUGGUGCUUGCAUUAAUGGAAAUCUGUACAUAUUUGGAGGAUAUGAUGACAAAGGAUACUGCAACCGACUGUAUUUUGUUAAUUUACGGGCAACUGAUGGAACAUAUGUGUGGCAAAAAAUUAGUAACUUUAAAGGACAUCCACCUACACCACGUGACAAACUCUCCUGUUGGGUGUAUAAGGACAGGUUAAUAUAUUUUGGUGGCUAUGGAUGUAGGAAACACUCUGAACUACAUGAUUGUUUUGAUGUUCAUGAUGCAUCUUGGGAAGGACAGAUAUUCUGGGGGUGGCAUAAUGAUGUCCAUGUUUUUGAUACAAACACACAAACGUGGAUUCAACCAGAACUUAUACGUGGAGUUCCACCACAGCCUCGAGCAGCUCACACUUGUGCAGUCCUGGGAAAUAGGGGCUACAUGUUUGGUGGGCGUGUCCUGCAAACUAGAAUGAAUGAUUUGCACUGCCUGAAUUUAGAUACUUGGACUUGGUCUGGAAGAAUUCAUAUCAGUGGAGAGAAACCAAAACAUCGAUCGUGGCACACUCUGACACCAAUAGCUGAUGAUCAGCUUUUUCUAUUUGGUGGGCUAAGUGCCGAGAAUAUCCCUCUAAGUGAUGGGUGGAUUCACAAUGUCACAGUAAAUGGAUGGAGACAACUUACACGUUUGCCUAAAACUAAGCCCAGGUUAUGGCACACAGCCUGUCUGGGAAAAGAAAGUGAAGUAUUGGUGUUUGGUGGGAGCAAAGAUGAUUUGCUUUACAUGGACACCGGCCACUGUAACGAUUUAAUAAUUUUUCAAACUCAGCCAUACUCACUUCUCAGGUUAUGCCUCGACUGCAUAGGUAAAAAUGCUAUCAUAUUAGGAAAUCAGAUCUCUUUUUUACCUUCCAACCUUCUGCAACAAGUGCUCAAAAAAAUAACAUUUUGGGCUGCAACUACCCAUCGACAAGAACGAAAAGCACAAAUAGAAAAAAUGGACCAUAAAUAUUACUGAACAACAGAUGUAAUUACUAACCACUUAUACAUUUCACAUGUUCUGCAUUUAAAAAAAAAAAAGAUUAUCAGUAGAGGACUUCCCAAAGCAAAACCAUAGACUUGAUUUCAAAUGCAGCCUUGGGAACAAGGAAACCAUUGUACAUAGGAAGUUUCCCUGAGGCACAAAAAAUAAUAGAAGUUUGUUCAAUAUGAGUGGUAGGUUCAUUUACUAUUAUAUGCGUGGGACUUUAAGGCCACUUUCCACCUGAGCUACAUUAAAGAAAUUCUUCCUGAAAGUCGGAUACCAAAAACCUACCGAUGGGAUAAAAAUUUAAGGAUGAGACAACUAUUUGGCUUAUAAGGCUAAUGAGUAUCUGUAAAGGCAGCAUUUAUGGUUGGUCUAUGCAACACUUCAAAGCAAUUUGUAAAAAUAUGAUUUACCGUAUAAAAAUGCUUCUUGGGUUUCUCCCAGAGCUAAAAUGGAUGAAAAACAAACUCAGUAAAUUGACUACAAGAAGAUACUCACCCUUAUUCUUUGAGGUGGUGCUCAGGAGAUAAUGGGAAUCUGACCCUUUUAUUUCUAGUAUUUACAUCCAACCAUAUAAUAGCAGACCAGGUAAAUCUGUCAGUUAUUAUGAAUAACUUUAACUAGACCCCAUUCUCUUUUACAUUCAAACGAAUCCCUUCCCCUCCGCCAAAUCCUAUAUUUAUUCUAGAACUGAAACCCCCUCUCAAAAAGUCCCCGUACUGGUAUCUGAAAUUUGAUUUGUAACAUUUAAACAUUAUUACAAUACAAUAUUAGCUAUUUCUAAAUUGAAAUGUCAUUCCAAAUGCAGACUGUAAUAUAGUUUAAUUGUUUCUCUGGUCAUUGAAACUUUUGGAGGUCUAUUUUAUAUAUACUGAUUUUGGGAUGUGUAAAGUUCUAUUUAUGUAUUGAAGUAGUUUAUGUUUAAAUUUAUUUAUUGAACAAAGCACAUAGAGUUACUAUUUUCCUAUUUAUUUGGUCAGUGUGAACCACUUAUUAGACCUAUAUGUGCAAUGUUUGUUAAUGUUUUUGUCAUUUUUGGAAUCUGAGUGGUAAAUAUAGAAAAAGGCUCUUUUUGGAAUGCAUAUUUUAGAAGAAAUUAUUUUAUGACUACAUAAAGAUCCAUAUUCAUCUUUUCAGAGUUAAUUCAGUUUAGCGUAUUAUACAAGGAAGUGGUAUUUGCUGUUUGGGGUUUUGACUUUUUAAGUAAGGAGAUGACCAUCAUCCAGUUAUGAGGUAUUUUAUUCGUAAAGGCAUUUAGGACAAUUUACUCCUUGGAAGGUGAUUGGAAUUCUUAAUCCUGCCCUAGAUGGUGCUUGAGUUUCAUACUCAGCUGCCCCAAAAUCCUUACAUACAGUAGAGGUGCCCCCUUUACCUGUUAAAAAGUAGCAAAUGAUUUUGAUCUCGGCACCUUCCAAACUGUGUUAAUCCACACCCUCCAAACAAUAAAAAUUCUUGCAUCUCUUUGCAAUAUCCUUAACUUGCAAUGCAGGAAACAGACUGGUCUUAUUUCAGUGAGAAGUGAUCGAUACGGACAGUGUGUCGCUUUCAGGAGGGACGGUGGUUCCAGUAAAAAUUGGCAGUGGGUGGAAAGAACCACUCGAACAGCAUAGUUAGCAGUGGCUGGAAUCCAGUCCCCAGCCAGGAACUGCACCAAAAUAUUCCUGCUCCUGUGAGGCUGCAAGAAUUCCCACAGAGAUGGCUUUCCCGCUGCCAGGCGGAGCUGGUUGACUGGCUUCUCUGGAUUUGUGCCGACCCCUUCCACCUCUUCCAGGACUAUAGAUCUGAAACUGGUGGCUAGUUUCCAUAAGGUAUCCACUUGGCAAUGGGUAACUACAUAUAGUUUAGAGCUCCCUAUAGCUCGGCCUUUGGCAGUGGGGACACCGGUCUGAUUGGGAAGUGGUGCGGGAAGGGGCAAGGGCUGAAUUCUUCUGCAAUAUCUGACACAGGUCCCUUCCUCGUUUUCCCUUUGCUAUAUGCAACUCCUUUUUUCAUGGCUCAUGGCCACAUCAGUGAGCUUCAGCUACUCUCAGCCACUCAGUGGUAGUUCUCUAAGUGGUUGUUUCAAUUAAUCUUUUCCGAUUUGAGACCUGAGUCACCACUGUUUGUUUUUUUUUUUGGUUUUUUCAAAAAUUAAUAUCUUGGAGCAGAAAUCUUAAAAGUAGUUUUGAAUUGACUGCUGCUAGAAAGGCAAGAGCAGCAGAAGGCCCAGUGAAAUGCACACACACACACACGUGUGUGGGGGGCCCAGUAUUUUAUAAAACACCAAAAUGUUAGGCCCAAAAUACUUUUGGGCAUGAAACGGACGCUUUACUGUAACUUAUUUGUCUAUUUAUUUUCUACUUGGAUGGGACUUCACUUCCUUUGUGUUGCUAAUUUAAGUUACUACUGACCAAUCCAAAUCUUACAGCAAGGACAGUUUAUAUAGUGAAAGGAUCAUACCAAUUUCACUUGUGGCUUUCAAUUUUCAAGUCACAAUGACAUCUUGUUUCUGAAUUGUCUGAAGGAAGGAUGCCCUUUAAAUGAAAUUUUAAUAGUUUUUAUUCUGUGUUUCUAUGGAAGUUUUGGCAUUUCAUCAAGGUCCUCAAAAUGUUGUUGUUUUAAAUGUUAUUCUGUAGUAUGUUUUUUUGAGGACAGAGUAAAUACUCAUAAGUGAUAUGUUUCACAAGGAAAAGUGCAAGCAGUAUUGCAAGAAUAUUGGGUCUACAAUAUGCUGAAAGAAGAAAACUUAAAGAGAAAGAGGUUUUUAAAAGGGGACUGCUUAUCAAGCAUCCACUCAAAUUUACUUCCAGAUAUUUUUAGCUCAAAUGUUCUGUUUUAAUAAAUGUGUUCUGAAAAAAA